UAUAUGUGUCAUUGCGUUGCAGAACACAUUACUUCCCCCGGAGCCUGUGAUAAACAUUUAGUUCGUCAUUGUUAUUUUAUUAUGAAACAAGCAUGUUUUAUUUUGAAAACAGUAUCAGCAUGGUUUCCGGGUUGUCCGAGUUAGCAUCGAUGUGAAUUGACGAUGAUCGAGAGUCUGAGCUGUCAGCGCGAGAGACCCAUCGAGACAAGACAGGUUCUCCAUCACUUUCCUUCCUUCCCCCACCCUCUAUGUCGCCCUUUUGGAGUGUUUGAGACCAGUAUUCGACCAUGACUUCGGUUUGGAAGCGACUUCAGCGUGUCGGGAAGAAGGCGUCCAAGUUCCAGUUUGCCGCGUCCUUUCACGAGCUGCUUGUAGAAUGCACUAAUAAAUGGCAACCAGACAAGUUGAGGGUGGUGUGGAUCCGAAGAAAUAGACGUCACAGCACAAAGCUCCACAGUUGGCAGCCAGGGAUCCAGAACCCUUACAGAGGUCUGGUGCUAUGGCAAGUCCCAGAGAGUCUGGACAUUACAGUAACGCUCUUCAAGGAGCCAACUGCAGAUGAGUUUGAGGACAAGGAUUGGACUUUUGUCAUUGAGAAUGAGACAAAAGGGCGAAGAAAAGUGCUGGCCUCGGCCGAUGUCAACAUGAAGAAGUAUGCUAGCGCGACACCAGCUCAGUACGACCUGGUGCUGAAGUUGAAACCUCUGUCAGUGAAAGUGAAAGAAGCCACUCUCAAACUCACCUUGUCCUGCAUCUUUCUCAAAGAGGGCAAAGCGACUGAUGAGGAUAUGCAGAGUCUGGCCAGUCUGAUGAGUUUCAAGCAGAGCGAUAUCGGGAAUCUGGAUGAUUUUAACGAUAGUGAUGAGGAAGCAGGCGAGGAAAGGAGGGCAAGCUUUGGAAGUGGACAAACUGGGUCCAGCUCAGCUUCUACAAAAGUACAUGACCUGGCUUGGAGGCCUGCUGUUGACUCAGGGCCCCAAGAAAUGGAUGGAAAAGGGUCUUUGGGUGUUUCCGCUUCCAUCUUUGUCCCUUCUCAUCGUCCUCUGCCUCAAUCACAACCCCCCUCAGCUGUCCAUAAGGCACCCCCGUCCCUCUAUGCCUACUCACUGCCAGCCUUCACACAAGCUCACCCUCCAGCACUUCCCAAAAUCUUCCAGCCCGGUUGUGGAUCAGCUCCCAAACGGCCACGUAGCUUCCACAGUGACAACCCCACUGAACUCUCCACCUUCAUGCCCUCCCAGUCGCCCUCUGAUCCCUCUCUCUUCUCUCCUACCUUCACUGAUAGCUCACCAACAGCUGCUUCCAGCUCCCGUCCUCCUUUACCUCUGCACGCUCCUGCAACUCAAAGACAUCCCAAGGUGGUGGAGCGUGGCUCCACACUGACCAGACCCUCCAGUCUGCCCUCAGCUUCUGACACAGCUUCCUGGCAGAGUGAGUGGAGGCCUCCUAAAUUUCACACCCCUCUAGGACAGCCUGCUCUCUCACCAAAGUUUCUCCAUCCCGGGGAGCAGAGAGAGACACCAUCUUCAUCCUGUCCACCUGUCAGUCCACCUCUCCAGCAGCAACACGAGGGGGGUUCUGGAUGUGCUCCUUCCUGGAGAAGCCCACCACCCGCCACAGUUGUCGACACCCUCUUCUGUCCUUCAAUAAGUCCUCCUUUUGUUUCUACUCCUGCUCGGCCUCAGUCUCACUUAUCUCAAAGUGCCACAGCCUUUUCCAGUGCUCAAGAUGCAGACUUCAAGAGACAGCUGAGCACGCUGAGUGAGGAGGACAACCAGUCCACCACAUCGACAAGUCCUGAUUCCAGAGUUCCUGCUCCAUUUGAAGUUCAUGUUGUCAAGGCAUCAGCAGGACCCGAGAGCAUGGCCUCUCUUCUGCCCCUUAGCCCCAAAGCACACUUAGUUCAAGACUUAAAGUAUUUUGAGAUGCCCAAACCGCAGCUGGAUGAUGAAGAAUCAAGACCACACAAGACAUGUCCUGACAUCCAUGUCAAAGCACAAAGCCACGUGUCAAAGAUGUCCAUUAAAUUAGGGAAUGUUCACUCGCAUAAUCCCCACCCUCCUCAAAUGUUCGACGUACCCCAACCCACGUCAGUCGUUGUUGCAAAGGCCAUGAUAAGGGGCGACCGCAAAACGGAAGCUUUGGGAAAUGAGAACAAGACCUCUACUUUGCCAUUGGUGCUACCAGAUGUUGUGUCCAAAACAGAAAAUCUUUCAGAAUUUGACUCCAAGUUGGAGCCAGCAGCAAUCACAUUUUUACAAGGAGAAAUUAAAACAGAGUCUUUGCAAAAGAAAGAAUAUGGACGUUUUCCUGAAAGCACAAAGAACGGACAUAUGUAUACAUCCAAGAUAGAACUUGGUUCUCUCUCUGAUAUAGCAGCCACGUUGCAGCCUGCAGUGACGGCAAAAGAGCAAAGUAUGCUACAAUUGCACCCAAGUGUCCUCCAAUAUUCAAAUGUUCCUGGCAUUCCAUCGAUUCAUCAGUCAGAGGAAGCUGUAGUAGCUUGGACUGCUGCUGAUAGGAGUGCACUGGUCCAGCCAUUACCCAGUAAGAGACUACCAUUGCUGAUCUAUUCAAACUGUGUUAGUGACAUCAAUAUGAUCAAACUGAUUGUGCCCAUGUUGCCAGCAAAUAAUACAAGAAUUUCUCCAAGCAAUUCCAAUAUGGUCCGUCUUCAUCCUGUGUGUCCACAAGGCACACUGAUUGCAGGCAUGCCAUGUAGACAGAGUGCCAGCACACAAGACGAAAGCUGGCUACAUUUGAAUAAAUCAAUUUCAUGCAAACCAAGGAGACGUCAAUGUGUUCUGGAAUGUUCACAUGAGGCUUUGAACGAAGCAGACACAACCAUGGUUCAUAUGUUACCGUCUUGCCCUAACAAGGCUUGCGCCUAUGGCUUACCUUCUGUUCCACGCCAUAAUGCUAGCAUGGCUAACUUUGUGGCUAUUUGCCCAAGAAAAAGCAACAUUAUUGGUUUUCCUUCCAAGGAUCCAUUUGUACAUAGUAUACAAAGUGAAGCUUGGAGCUUGGCUGAUAAAAUUCUGUGUGAGAAGCUCCCAAGGAAGGAAAGUGUGAUGACCCCUGGCUGCAAAGUGGUGGUGUUCUCAUACCAAAAUAAUACCAAGCUGUUGUCAUCGUGUCCUCACAAGGCCAGAGUGCUUGGCUUCCCAUCAGCUCACAGAUCAACAUUGGUAUCUCAAGAAGCAUCCAUGGCCAAAGCUUUGCCCAGUUGUCCCAAGGAAUCUCAUGUUCUCGGAAUUCCAGCUAGAAAUGGCACCAAACUGGAGUGGGCAAAAGACUGCUUUUUACCACUGCCAUCAGUCAUGAAGCAUGCGCUUACAUCACCCUUGGAAUAUACCAACAAUAUUGAAGGUGACUUGGUUAAAGAGAUGGUCUGCAUUGUGUCUUCCUGCCCAUUGGAAGCCACCUCAGAUGGCUUCCCAUCGCUAAACUGGCACAAAACACAUCAGAUACCAACAAUAAUAAAUCUGCUUCCAACAUAUCCAAGACAUUCCAGAGUCAGUGGGAUUCCCUCCAGAUUCCACAGUCGGUCUGAAUGGAAUGCUGAUAAGAGUUCACUGUGGGAAAAAUCAUCGGAAAAGCCAGGAAGGAUUUCAUCAAUACUCAAGUGUAAUAUAUCUUUAAAAGACAAGGCAGAACUUAAAGUGAUGGUAUCUAUGUUGCCCCCUUGUCCCAAACACUCCACUGUUUAUGGAAUUCCCUUUAAGGUCGGCAAAAGACAAGAGGACACUCCCGACAUGUUUAAAUCCAUUAACACUUUCCCAAAACAUACUCAAAUUCCAGGUUUACCAGCAAAGGAAAUUACAAUGGAAGAAUAUGAGAGCUGGCAUGUAGAUUUGGGGACGCUUUGUAAAAAAGAAGUCACUAGGAGGUUUACAUUUUUCUCUCAGAAUUCUCCACUGGAUAAGAUGUUUUCCAUGAAUGGAAAAAUGAUGGUCUGUAUGCUGCAAUCCUGUCCCCGAGAAGCACACAACUUUGGAUUCCCCUCUGCAGUGCAACAUCACAACAAGAACAUAGUGGACAUGCUGCCAUGUUGCCCCACACACUCACAUAUAGUGGGGUUCCCAUCAAAAGACCUGACCAUUGCUGAUCACAACAUCCCCAAGAUCUGGGGAAUGUUGAUGAAACUGCAAAAUUCUCCUCGUAAAAAUCCAUACAAAACAAUCCAUUCCCUCCAACCUACUGCUGACCGGAUGAGACUGUCAAAUGAAACACUUCCAAAUAUGGUCAAUAUGGUUCCAUCUUGCUCAAAGAAAGCUUCUGUUUUGGGAAUGCCAUCAACAUGUGUGCACCAUUUAGUACAAGAAGAGCUGCCAAUCAGAAUGGACUUUGAAUCAUCCUUGGGGUCAAUUAAAGAUGAACAUGGUUUGAUGAACGUUCAAGUUGAGGAAGAAGUAACUGCUGUAAAAGCAGGAAUGUCGCCUUUGGCUACUGACAUGUUGUUGUCCAAUGCCACAAACAGAGAUGACAACAGGGUUUCACUGCAGGCAUCUUGCCAACUAGAUGCCAAUGCGGCAGUGCUGCCAUCCAGUCACAUAAAUAGUCAUGGACAGAAGAUACAAGAAGAAUCUCCUAUAUGUGAGCAUCUAGAAAAGGCAUCUACAAUCAGCAGAAGAAUGGUCACUAAUGACGAAAUGGUUCAUCCAGUUCCAUUUCUCCCUCGCACUGAUGAAGAAGUGAUCCUUAAUUCCACCACGUAUGAUACAAAUGUAUUUAAAUCAGACAUUAUUCAACAAAUGGAGCUGACUCCAAAUGUAGCCUGCUUGGAGCACCAACAAGAUAUUCUCUUGGGGGAUUAUCCCAAUACAACAGCGAUCCCUGGCAUGCCAUCAAAGCUUGGCUUUAUUGACAAAAAGUGGCCGAUGAAAGAGUGGCAACAUUGGAGGAAACCAUCUAAGAAGCAGAAUCAAGUAUUCCAGCCAUAUACGUUCAAGGACAUUGAGAAAAAUAAAGGAAUGGUUUUACUGGUGCCAACUUGCCCUGCAAAGGCCCGACAUCCUGGAUUCCCUUAUGUAACACAACGUAGAAGUAUGGUAGCUCUGUAUCCCUGUUGUCCAAGAGUGUCUUCUAUCGCUGGCACAGCAUCUUUUUGUCAGGCCAAUGAUAGAUAUUGGUUAUCUCAAACAGAGGCACUUUUGGAGAAGACAACCAGGACUGUGAUGAUGAAAGAUAUUCCUGUAAAUAAUGUAAUGGAAGCCAUGACAUUAUUAACCCCAGCUUGUCCAAAACAGGCUUGUAUUCCUGGAAUUCCAUCUUCUCUUACACCGACAGUCAUCUUUAGUGCCUCUAGUGCAGUCAACCUUCUUCCAUCCUGCCCAUCUACCUCCAGUGUGGCUGGUUGUCCGUCUUUGCUCCAAGCAAAUAGCAAAGACUGGGACACAAUAGGAAUCAGUCAUUGCUUACGGAACAGAAGAAAACAAAUGGAGUCUGGCUUAUUAUUAGUAGAUGACAGCAACUUGGUCAAACAUCAGAAAGGAGACAUUUCUCUUCUCCAGUGUUGUCCAAAACAUUCCCGUGUUCCCGGUUUUCCUUCGGCGCAACAACAAGGCACACCGACUGACUCAAGCAUGAUUAGUCUUGCAAGAUCAUGCCCCAAAACAUCUGCAAUAGCAGGAUUUCCAUCAUUUGAUCAAACAGAAGAGUGCUUCAUUAGUAGAGAUGAACUCUUUAAGUCAAGAAUGUGUGAAAACAAGAUAUUGUCCAUGGGAAUCUUUCCCAAAGACACAGGCACUAUGAAAAAAAUGUCUUCACUUGUACCAUCCUGUCCAAAAGAGGCACGGGCACCGGGAUUCCCAUCUCAUCCAAAUCCACCAGAUGCAUAUUGUGCUCCUAAUAUGAUCAGCCUCUACACGCUGUGCUCCCAUGUUUCAAACAUAGCUGGAUUUGCAUCUGUGGAUGGAGGUGACAGCAAUGCUUGGCUCAUAGGAAAGGAGGCGUUGCUAACGAGGACAUCGACGAAAGCCUUCAUAUGUGACAAGACAAAUAACUACAAGAAGCAAAUGAAAAAUAUGCUUUUCCUUGCACCUACCUGUCCUAAAGCAUCAUCGAUAACUGGCCUUCCAUCCAAUCCACAUCCCAGUGUGCAUUAUGGACCAAAUAUGGUAAACCUCCUUCCUCUGUGCCCGCUAGUUUCCAACGUUCUGGGAUUCUCCUCAGUUGAAGAGCACAAGGAAGAACGAUGGUUGUUGGAUCAGGGUUCAUUGGUGCAGAAAGUGCAAAAAAACACAAGGUUAUGGAUUGACAGCAAGCCAGUUCACCGAGACAAAGCCAAAAACAUGUUUGCCAUGGCACCAUCUUGUCCACAAGCUUCCAGGAUCCAAGGAUUUCCCUCAUCACCUCAAAGCAAAACAAACAUGAUCAGUUUGCAAGCUUGCUGCCCCAAGUCUUCAUGUGUGGAAGGAUUUGCAUCCCUCACUAAAAGCCCAGUGACAAGGUGGGUGAAUGAAACCAAGCCCAUCCUGAUCACAGUUCACAGGGAGAGGGCCGACGUCAUUUCAGCACUUGCUGGACACAAACACAGCAACAACAACAACACGGUGAGAAUGUUAACAUCAUGCCCCAAAAAGGCCCGCAUCAGUGGCUUUCCGUCUGCUCACGUUGUCAACAAAACACCACACAUGGUCAGUUUAUACACAUCUUUGCCAUGUAUUUCCCGUGUGCCUGGAUUCCCAUCAGCAAGGAUGCUUAGUUUUGACGCUUCGGAUCAAGCACACAACCACACUUCCUUUUUAUUCAUGGAGCAAAAGAAUGAGAAGAAAAUGCACAUUGCCAGUUAUGUCCUAGAAAGUCAUGAGGAAAUGAAGCACAUGUUAUGUCUGGCUUCAUCAAGUCCACAUCACACUAGAAUUUAUGGAUGGGCUUGUAGUCAACCACUCUUGGAUUCAACAUGGAACGAAACUGGAGAGGAAAUAAAUCCGCCAUAUCAUAAAGAAACCACACAUGUUGCCGACGAGGAAAGAUUGAUGGCGACUGCAAGCCAAAACCUGGAUUCUUCAUUCAAUGCUAAUUGCAUCACAAUAGGAGCCAAACCACAACAGAAACAUUUGGAUAAAUCUGAGUCAGAGGGAGUCUCAGGCUGGGAAGUACUGGAGUUAGAAGGAACAUUAAUUGGAAAACAGGCAGAAUCUUCUUCAUCUGCCACAGAGGAUGAUACUUCAUUAGUACAAACUAUUGUGGGUGUUCUCCAUAAAGGUUAUGAAACUGUAGCGUCAAUGUUGGGUCCGUCCGGCUCUGCUGUGGAUGAAAGUCCUCUCGAACAGAAGGCUUUGACUGGUAAGCCUUUACACGAUAAUGUGUCGCCACAGCGUUGUGUGGACACGACAAGUAGCACGCAAGAGCUUGUUCUUGCAUAUGACCACUUUGAGGACUGUAUACUCUGUCCUUCUGCUGGGCCACAACCACAACAAGAUCAAGUUGUUCCUCCAUCACCGAGUGCACACAGUCAUGAUGGCUUUGUGACGUCUGUGACUAUGAAGAAAUGGCCACCAUUGACUGAGGCAGACUUGGCUGGGAUUUCAAUGGAGGAUACAGAUGAGGAAAAUCAAUGCUCUAAAAGUGAGCAGGACUUACCGGUGUCCACUGGUAGUGUCUUACUCAGCCCCCAGAGUGCUGGUGAGCUUCCAACAUUGUCCAAACUGGACAAAGGGCCCCGACAAGCAAGUUGUGAUGCAAGCACCCUUCAUCCUCCAUUAAGUCAAUUAUUGACUGAAAUUCUCAUAGAAGCAACCUGUGAUGAUCAGAAUCCUUGUGCAACUGUAGAAGAUAUUCAACAAGACUACACUAAGAAUUUGAGUGGACUGUGUGAUGUUCAAGUCCAGUCUGGUGCGAUAUCUCCAACAAAACCUGCCACGUACUUUUCUGUUUCUUCUGAUAUAAGCCUUCCUGUAGAUGUAGAUGAAAGUGUCCAUCAACAAUUGGAUAUUGAAAGACUAGAUGGUAGGUUGUCUCAGAAACGUAUCCCAAGCAAGCCUGUGAGAAGAAAAGACAAUGUCACCAGUGAAACAGCCAUCACCGAGGCAUUUCCUACUCCACCUGGAAACAUCAAACAAGAUUAUUGUGAAUCUGAUGUCCUACAAGCACACACACAAAAGGAAGACAUGGCUCCAUCUGACCAGGCUCAAGGACCUUCCUUUUCAGAAACAAAGGAACUUCAGUGCAUCACACCAAAACCAGAACAUGCAGAGCAGGUUGAGGUCGAGGAACAUGCACCCUUCUCCAUUAUCAAAAAGAUUGGUCUUAAACAAAUUGGCAGGCAAUGUCAACCUAUCCCAAAGCCUCGUGCCAGGAAAUAUCUUAGUGGCACUUUCUCUGAUGACAUCACAGCAGCAGAAGAAAGAAAACCUCAGGCUGCAGGUGAUGAAACCUUAUCAUGGAAAGAGGACGUGUCAAUGGUGCAUUUUCGGAGAAGCAGACCACAAGUACAAGACAAUACACUGGGACCCUCAGCAUUUCCUGUACCCAAACCAAGGGUCAAGAAACAUCUCAGUGCUUCAUUUUCAGAUGAGACAACACUAUUUUCCUUGUCAGACAUCGCCGGACAACAUCUUGACCUUCAGCAACACGACCAGUUAAUCUUGCCUGUUCCGCUGCCUCGAGCCAAGAAGCGGCCACCACCUACAGACAUCUUCUGUCCCUCAGAAGUCUCUGAAGCUUCAAAAAGCGUGUUUACAUUUGAAGAAGGGCUUGGAGAAGAAUACCCAGUGGAUGCUGCGGUCCAAAACUGGAAGCCAAGUAUGAAUAUCUCCUCAAUGACGACCUCUGAGGAUGACAGCUUACCUGUACACCACCAUCAAGGCAGUGAAUCAGUUGAGUCCGAGAAGGAAGUGAAGAUUGAAGACUUUGACUCUAUACAUGUGGCUGCUGUCAGGAGCAGUUCACACCCAGACGAGAGCAAAGCCCAACAAAAAUCAACUCCAGCAAAAACUCCAGAUGGCUCGGCCUCUCCAGAAAAUGUUUGUGGCAGUCCAAGCUUGGUGAAGUCCAGUCAGUCUCUACUGAAGUGGUGCGAGGAAGUGACUCAGGGUCACAAGGGGCUGAGGAUUACCAACUUCAGCACCUCCUGGAGGAAUGGUCUGGCUUUUUGUGCCAUCUUGAAUCACUUCCACCCGGAGAAGAUUAAUUAUGAACUACUGGACCCAUAUGACAUUAAGCACAACAACAAAAAGGCCUUUGACGGGUUCGCUGAGCUAGGCAUUUCUCGGCUGAUGGAGCCAUCCGAUAUGGUCAUGCUGCCGGUGCCUGACCGUCUCAUCGUCAUGACGUAUCUCAGCCAGAUCCACGCUCAUUUCAUGGGCCAGGAGCUAAGUGUGCUUCACAUCGACAAAGAUGGCAAUGAGUCCAGCUACGCACUGACAGCCGAGCGGGAGAGCCAAGAGGACCCUGAGGCGACUGUACGUUACUGCACCCAGAGACUUCAGGAGGAGGGCAUCACUCUGGAGACCAACGGCAACACCAUCUCAGCCGAAGACAGUGAAAGCAACAUUGAUGUCCUUCCACUGCUCAGAAGCAAAUGCCCACAAGUGUUAUCUGGGGGAUGUGACGAUCAGUCACCGGUUGCACCGCCAAGGAGUCACUUCCUGGCCAAGACUACUUUCUCUCAUGUUAAAGACGCAGAUCUCCUCAGGAAGCGCAGGUCACAGAGGAGGAGCGCAUCUGAGGAAGACGCAGACUCGUCAAUGGCUACUGCAGGACAACAAAACAGAGGAAGCAUCACAACAGAGGUGACAGUGACUGAGGAGGGAAAACCAGACGGCCAGGACCCCAGCCAGUAUGUUCUAAGUCAAAUGGAAGCCCUGGAAGCGGAACAAAACCACAUAGAUAGCAGAGCUGCAGUUGUGGAGAGGAGGCUCAGACAACUUAUGGAAACAAGCAGUGACAAGGUCCAAGAGGAGCGGCUCAUUCAGGAAUGGUUCACACUGGUCAACAAGAAGAAUGCAUUGAUCAGACGGCAGGAUCACUUGCAACUGCUGCUGGAGGAGCACGAUUUGGAAAGGAGGUUUGAGCUGUUAACCAAAGAGCUGCGAGACAUAAUGGCCCUUGAAGAGUGGCAGAAGACAUUGGCACAUAAGCACAGGGAACAACUGCUGCUUCAGGAGCUGGUGUCACUGGUCAAUCAGAGAGACCAGCUGGUCCACAGUAUGGACGCAAAGGAAAGAGGAGCUCUGGAGGAAGAUGAGCGCCUAGAACGAGGCCUGGAGCAACGCAGGAGAAAGUACGCACAGCAGCAGAAGGACAAGUGUGUGAUCCAGUGAUAGUCAAACAUUCUGCGGUGGGUUCACGAGGCACAUUGGUGUCAUAUCGCUGCCUCUGUGUCGAACUCCUCGUCAUGACCAAAGGAUGAAUUCUUAUUCAAGUGUUGUUGAGAAGUGCCUUUUAAGACACUGAGCAAGUAAGUCAAUUUUAAAUGUAAAGUGUGAUUACAUGACUUGCUUUUUAGUGCCAGUACAUCCACAAGAGUGGAGAAACAUAGGACAGUCCAGGAAGCAAUGGAAAUUCGAAAAAGCCAAAAUAUCACAUUUUCCCUUUCUUUUAAUGGCCAUCAUAGUUUACAACGUUCUCAUAGGAAUGUUACCAUCUCGUCAUUUUUAAAUCAUUGAUUGGAUGCCUGCAGUUCUGUGAAACCAUCGAUGGAUGGCGCCAAACGCCACAUUUUCACAGUUCAGCCAUAUACCCGUCAUAGACAAAAUAGAAAAAGAUACUGAUUGAUGCACUAUGCACCGAUUUUCCAUUAUUAAACAGAUAUAUGUUAUAAUAUAUAUAUAUAUACAGCGGUGUCACCAGACAGAUUUCACUAGGGCACGUGCCCCAGUAUUGAUCUGCAGUACCCCAGUAAAAAUGUCACCAAUUUAAAAAAAAAAAAAUCACUUCAGAGUUUUAAGUCUAAGGCACAUACUACUUAGUAUGGUAAUGCAUUGCAGCUGUAUUCACUCCACAUAAACAAUGCGCACAUGGUAGGUAGUGUUAGCCGACAACAACUUGUUAGAUAUACUAUUUUGAUUUUGGCAACUCCUAGAUGGAUAUCAGAAGGUUAUUCGCCCGCAGCAAUGGGACAAAGCAGCAAUGAAUGAGAGAAGUAACUGAAGUCCUAAGCUAGCUAGGCAACAGAAGUUUGUCUUAAGUUAAUGCUAAGUUAGCUAACGUUAUUCCUUGUGUAGAAAACUACAUUAAUUUGCUGUACGAGCUGUCGGUGGAACUGUGAGUUUCAUCAGCAUGAAAUAUAAUGUCGGUUAUGCAUCCCGAGCAUCCUGAACUCUGCAUCAAUGAUGAUUUUGAAUAAGCUUGUGUUAGUUGACAGAUAUAGCCUAUGGAUGGUGCAGUGGUCUAUCUUCAGGUAGAAAAACAUUUUCCCCUAAGAUCAAGUCGUAAGCCACAUUUUUAAACCAUUUAAGUUUAUUUCACAGAAAACGGCUCCACACUUGGCUGAGAAGCACAAUGGGGCAGGAUAGGCUUCACCGUCUUGCCAUCGUGUCAGUGGACAGUGAGGAACUUUCCAAGUUAAGCCACAGCCAAAGUGAUUGACCACUUUGCAAAAAUGAAAACAAGACGUUACAGUUUACUUCCCAAAAAAUGAUUCCCUGAAUAGACACACAACAGUUGUUGUGUUUUUGUAAUGGUUUAGAAGUCUAGAGUAAAGUUCACAAGUAGGCCAAACGCAUUACUGCAGUACAUUUCAGGUGGUUAAUCAAAGAUGUAGACAACAACAUAGUCUGAUAUGAUUUAAUAGUUUAAAGAUCUAUUUAUGUUCUUCGAUGAUAAAUAAGUGUUGAAUUCUCUUGCGCACUUUGCGCGCUCUCAUGAAUUAUUUGUGCCCCAGGUGUGCCCCAGUACAGUAUCAGGUCUAGUGACGCCCCUGUGUGUGUGUAUAUAUAUAUUAUAUAAUAUUAUAUUAUAUUGGCCAACUUAAAAAAAAACAAUUUUAUGCCCAAAGUGAAGAAAGUAUUUCAUGUGUUACUUAUAUAAUGUAUGUUAAGCUGUGUUUCUUGAUUGUACCUUGUUACGGGAUGGUGAAUGCUGAUCCCCAUUCUUUUUAAUGUGCCUUUUUAAAUUCUAGAUUUUGCCUCAAACAACCUUACGGCCAUUUUUAUGUUGGUUUGUAAGUCUAUUUAUUGUUUUGGAGGCCUUCUGGAGGCAGAGAACGUGCAUAGACCAUGCGUUAACACAUGUAAGUUUAUUGCGUAACCAUCAACAGUAAUCCAAAUUGGUUUAACUGGUGGAGAAGGGCAAGGAAUGCAGGCUAAAGUAAUCUGUAAUUUAUUGGAUUCUUUUAAUGUUUUACUAUUGAUAUAAUGUCUGUCACCUGCAGAUGUGUUUUCUUUUUCUUUGAACCCAAAAUGUGCACUCCUUCUUAUUGCUGCAUUGCACCUUAAAUGUGACAUCGGAAAUGCACACAUACAAAUGAUUAACCAUGUAUGAGACAUUUGGCAGUCAUCUGAUCAUAGCAUCUUAUACGUGCAGGUCAGGAGGCUUGAAAAUAAGUUGUGUUUUCGAAUGAAAGAAGUACAGUCAUCCCUCGUUUAUUGCAGUGUCCCAGACACCACCGCAAUAUGUGAAUUUUUGCAAAGUAGGAUAUGAUUUUAAUAAACUGAAUAUUUUCAGAGUUAAAGCAUAGAAAACCUCUUUAUGACUUUCUCAAUACGAUUCAGGUUUUAACAUUAUUAGAGCCUUGUAGACAUUAUAUAACCGUCCAGUAGUCACUUUUACACUCCUGUUAUUCUUUGUUUACAUCACAGGUAUCACAGUAUCACAUUCUAUGGUAUCAUUGCAGGAACAUAAGACACGGUCUCAGCGAGCAGAGCAACCUACCAAACUAACUAGUUAACCUUUAAGUACAUUCACUUAUUCAAUCUACUCAGUUUGCAAGUGUUUCCAACAGAGUGGGGAAGAAGGACAAAAAUCUACCACUUCCACACUGAAUGAGAGGUGAACCUAUUUUUCACUUGAUCUCAGCCAUGGUAUAGCUGUAUCUGCUGGCUCAGUGGCCAGUCUCUAUGCAGUGUGAAAGAUAACGUAAUCUAAUUUAAUGUCUCAUAACAUUACUGAUGCCUAGUGACCAGAAUUCUACAUAUAUAAUCUAUAUACUAUGAGAUAGCGAUAGCGAUAGCGAGGGACAACUGUUUUCUUUAUUGUCAAAGGUUUGUUGCACUUUUGCUUGUUCAGAAGAAUGCUGACUGUGACUGUCACGUUGUUUUCAUCCUUCAUUUGCACAUUUGUCACAUUUGGAAAAGACAUCUGUGAAUUGUUUGCAUUAAAUAUAUUUAUUUUAGUGUGA